UCUCCCAAAUCAGUGCAAUUUUUUGCCCAUUGUUUGAAAUGUUAGCAUCGUGCUUCUGCCUGCCAUUGCAUGACAUGCUAGUUUUCCAUCUCAUCCUCACUAAAAGACUGCCAGAAAGUUGCUCCCAAAUUUAAGAAACAUGGAAAGAUUCCCCUAUUCUAUGUGUAUUUGACAUUUGAGCAUACAACAAAAUCAUUGAUUCCAAACUUUUCCAAUUUAAUAUAAAUGUGUGAAAAAGUGUAUUUUUUUUUGUAGCUUCUAUUCAUAUCCUGGACCACUAGAUGCUUUUCUGUAAUAUUCUUACUCAUGUGGGCCUUGUCUGAAGUUGUACUAGGUUUUGAUGUUAUCCAUUUUAAUAUUCUUGAUACUGUGACAAUUAACUUGCAUGAACCAACAAAAUUUUGAUCACCAAGUUCUCUGAACUCCUGUUCAUUUUAAGCACUUUCAAAUCAGGAAAGAACUGGGCAGAAAAUUGCAUUUCCAUACUGAUCAUCCAUUUAUCACCUACUCUGAUGGCCCCUGAGUGUAUGAAUAUGAGGUUGGCCAUUUUCUCAAAUAUUCAGUGUUAAUGCUAUGAAAGUCAGGUUGAACACUAAAAAUAGGAUGUUGCAACCUAAUAUUUUAAAGAAGAGAGUUUUUCCCCUUCACGCUCAAUAUGAUUCAAUAUGUGAAAUGCCCUUUUAGAAUGGGCAGGUGAUCCUAGCAUUCUAUGAUUGCCAAGGGAGAUAUAUUUUGUAGACCUUGGAUCUGGCUCUUUACAAAAUAAAGGUUAGAAAUGUUCCCACCUCCAGGAGUAAGAAGACCGCAUGGAAAUUGGAGAUUCAACAUUUAACUUUAACCAUAGGCAGUAGUGAUUCUAGAAAUAUGGAUGGCUAUCUUUAUCUGGUUCCAGGUUACGUGAUCGUGACAUCAUCUCUAAGGCGGUACUUUGUAUGGCAAUAUAACCGAAUAAGUAGCAGUGGUGGUCUAAAGAAACAAGUCAAAGACUCAAAACCUACUGCUAUUCAUAAGAGUGAUCCUAUGGUAGUAGUAUAUACUAAGAAAAGAGAUGGAACACUUGAGGAACUUGGGCGCACAGAAGUAAUAAUGAACAGCUUGGAUCCAGCUUGGAUUAAAAAAAUUACUGUUGCCUAUCACUUUGAGAUUGUUCAACCAUUGAUAUUUCACGUGUAUGAUGUUGAUACAAAAUAUUACAAUUUACCUGUGAAGAUGCUGAAGUUGAAUGAUCAAGAAUUCCUUGGGGAAGGCGGUUGUGUUCUGUCAGAGAUAGUGACUAAACAAGGCCAGAGCUUAACCCUAGAUCUUCAUAACAGAAAUGGGAACAGGGGUUUGAAAAACCUAGGGAAACUCACUGUCCAUGCAGAGGAAACAGUUGCUUCAAGGAAUGCUAUUGAGGUUAUAUUCCAUUGUUCACGCUUAGAAAACAAGGACUUGUUUUCUAAAAGUGACCCUUUUUUAAGAAUAUCUAGGAUUGUUGAAAAUGGAGGUGCUAUUCCAAUUUGCAAGACAGAAGUGGUUGAUAACAACUUGAAUCCAAUCUGGAGGCCUUUAUGUCUGACAAUGCAGCAAUUUGUUAGCAAGGAUAACCCAUUAGUUAUCGAGUGCUUUGAUUUCAAUAGUAGUGGGAAUCAUGUACUGAUUGGUAAACUUCAGAAAUCAGUGGCAGACCUGGAAAAACUUCAUGAACAAAAAACUGGUGCCAAUUUCAUCUUACCCUCUUCUGCUCAGCAUGGUUAUGAGAAGGUUCUGAAGGGCCAGCUAUUUGUUGAUCAAUUUUGUGAGAAGCCUCUAUACAGUUUUAUUGAUUAUGUUUCUAGUGGAUUUGAACUUAAUUUUAUGGUUGCUGUCGAUUUUACCGCAUCAAAUGGAAAUCCGCGAACUCCAGAUUCUUUGCACUACAUUGAUCCUUCUGGCCAGUUCAAUGCUUACCAACAGGCUAUAAUGGAGGUUGGAGAGGUAAUACAAUUUUAUGAUUCUGAUAAGCGCUUUCCUGCAUGGGGAUUUGGGGGAAGGACAAUUGAUGGUACCAUAUCACAUUGUUUUAACUUGAAUGGAAGUGCUAGUGGCGUUGAGGUUGAAGGGGUCCAAGGGAUCAUGGCUGCCUAUGCAAGUGCACUGAACCAUGUUGCUCUGGCGGGACCGACUUUAUUUGGACAAGUGAUCAACAAUGCAGCUGAAAUUGCUGGCCAGUCCCUCUCCUAUAGCAGCUGCAAAUAUUUUGUUUUGCUUAUCAUAACGGAUGGAGUACUUACAGAUCUCCAAGAAACAAAAGAUGCUUUGGUCAGGGCAUCUGAUUUGCCCUUAUCGAUUCUGAUAGUUGGAGUGGGAGGAGCAGAUUUUAAACAAAUGGAGAUCCUUGAUGCUGAUGAUGGUUGUCGGCUAGAGAGUUCUACAGGACGUGUAGCAACUCGAGAUAUUGUACAGUUUGUUCCCAUGAGAGAAGUGCGUGCAGGUGGGCAAACUUCCGUAGUCCAAGCUCUAUUAGAAGAGCUACCUGGGCAGUUCCUGACUUACAUGAGAAGCAGAGAUAUUAAACCCGGUGCAGUCAACAUAGCUCAAACAUCUGCUUCCCAUGCCACCAUCUAGUAAGUGUUGUCUCCCAUUCAUCACUCCAGAGUUCCAAGGCAUUGUAAAUACCGAAACUAGGUUGACAAUAUACAUGCUGUCUAUAGGAACCACAGAUGAUUGACAUAUCCCAAAGGGAAAAGGUUAGAUUACUUAGUCUAUACUGGGUACAAUCUGUUUUCAAGAAUGAUGAAUUGGCCCAAUUGUAGUAACAAUUGAUAGCAUUGGAAUGCACUGAUUUGAUUACAAAUAUUGAGAGUUUCACCAGUGUGUAUCAUGCAUGCCAAUUGACCUUUAAGCUUAUAUUUUUAGGUAGCAAGCCAAUGAUGUAUUUCAUGCCAAUUUUCCCUUGAACA